AUGUCUGCCACAGAGCGUGUGCCCGGCGUUGCCACCAUGGACGGUCGCUCCCAAAAGUCAAAGUCGAAAUCUCGAACUGGUUGCAUUACUUGUAAGUUCAAGCGUUUGAAAUGUGAUGAACAGAAACCAUUUUGCAACAACUGCACGAAGAAGAAUAUAAAAUGUGGGGGGUACGCUACGAGGUUCAAGUGGAGAUCUUGCAAUGACAACAUCGAGCCUCUCCAAUAUCAGCCAAGUUCUCACACUCCAGCUUCUCAUUCUCAAUCACAGUAUGCAUUAACUCCACGUUCAGAUGGAACGAAAAACACCCCAUCAUCCACGACCUCUAUGUCAGUGCUCCUGGAGCCACUUCGAAGGAAUGUGCUGGUCAAAACAGAACCUACUGACAGUCAAAGUUUGCUGUUGAAACAGCACUUGGAGUUGGCGUCGCUCUCGGUGGUUGGUAAAUCUACGAGGGACAUCAAGUUUGAGAAUGAGUUGCUUGCGAAGGGAAUCAACCCCGAUACAUACGAUGGGUCCCCAAAUGAAUCAAAACGCAUGCGUCGCAGUUACAGCUACAACGAUAGUCCUGCCAUGACGGCCACUCCAUUCCACAGAUCAAACAGCACUAGUUCACAUAAUAUCCUGGAUAUUCAGUCUUUCCGUGACGAGUUUCGCAAAUCUAAUGGCUUGGAAUCUUUGGCAGAGGCUGCUGUGGAUGAAAUGAAAACCAGGUCACCAAUGGCAGAAACAAUAGGUUUUGAACUGGAUAACAUUUCGUUGUCGCAUUUCCACCAGGAUAAGUCUCCUAAACCUUCGAACUUGGCUCCCACACCUAAAGAGUUUUCGGUUCCUACGCCCAAAGAAUGGCUGCUUACCGGGCAUUUGCCAAACAGCAGUGAGAUCCCUACCCCGCAAGGUAAGGACACAAUGUCUGAUCUCAACUUGACUCCAUCUUUGACUGCUCUUAUCAACUAUGUUUUCACCAAUGAUGACCUUCAAAAGGGCACAAUGGAUCCUAGUGUGAUCAAAUUAGGUGGCAUCGGGGAAGUUCCCCUCAGUCCGUUGGAUUUGAGUAUCGGCAAUGGAAGCACUUUGGACUUGUCUAACAAUCAUGCACUUCUGCUAAGACGAGAAAGCUUAGGCAACCAUUCAGCAAGUGCCUUGGUGUCCAAACAUAGUCCUUACACAACGCCUAACCAACUCUUGUUUGACGUUGGUGAUCAGCUUUCCCAGUACGAGCCCCUGUCUCCAUCUAUUGCAACUAGUUCUUCGCUACAGAGCCUCUUGAGGUCGUCCGAAUAUGAGCAGAUUUUAUUUUUGUUCUCCACCUAUACAUGUGGAAUAAUGUCUAUCAAAGCAGGCAUGACAGAGAACCCGUGGAGAAAUGUUAUACUCCCUUUAGCAACCAACUAUUCAUAUUUAUUUAACUCCAUUGCAUCCAUGACGUUGUUCCAUCUUGCUGGAAACGCUAAGUUGGGUGACAAGAGUGCUGGAUUGCGUUCAAAGGGAUAUUUCUAUAUGAAGAAGUGCAUUCUUGAACUUGCCAGCGGUUUGACCAAAAUGGAUAACAAUAUAGUCUGUGAAAAUCAGCUUCCAGCUGAUAUAGCUUUGGCUACCUGCCUCAAUUUGGCCGUAAGUGAGUCUUGGGACACCCACACCUCGAGUGGUAUCGCUCACUUGAAAGGAGCAAAGAGUAUGAUUCAAAAGGUCUUAACUCUAAUUAAGCAGCAUAUGGGCUCAUUCUCUGGAAAGAACAAAAUUAAGGAAGUUUCAAGGGAAGACAUGAAGAAGAAAUUGGUACUUGUAUCUAAUGAAGAUUGGAACCGAAUUGAGGAAGUUGCUAAGGAGAACGGUAACACCAAUUCUGUUUUUGUUCCCAGGAACUUGCAGUUGCUCUUCAACGCAUGGAUCUAUUUUGAGGUGUUAUCUCAAAUGACGUCUUACUCUUGUCAUGAUGACAAGGGUAUUGAUUUGGUUGCUACAAUUACCAGAAUUAUUCACCAAACUCAAAAAAAGCGAGACGAAGAUAGUACCAAAGGUUCAAAGCACUCUGAUCAGAGCGAUUCUCCCAACUCCGAGUCGCAGGAACUGGUGGCCAGCACAAGUCAGCCAUUUGGGUUCUUGGAGAACUUUGAUACCAUGAUCUCCAACAAUGAUUACGUUGACCCAUUAUUGGGAUGUGCUCAGUCACUCUUUCUGAUCAUGGGACGGGUUGCCAAUUUAAUUGCGAAGGUUUGCCGUGAUCGCAAGGAUAAAAAAGUUACCAGAACCAGUUUGAGUAACAUUUCUACUGCUUCUGAAUUGAGAAAGCAAUUAUUGGAUUGGAAGCCCACCAUUACUGCUCAAAUGGAUAUUAGUGCCGAUGGAACCAGAGACUCUACAUGGGAUACAUACUCCUGUGUGUCUACGGCCGAAGCGUAUAGGUUUGCUACAUUGCUUUAUUUGCACCAGGCCGUGCCGGAGCUUCCUUUCCUUAGUUCUCACCAGUUGGCAGAGAAAAUUUUCGUGUUGUUGGCGUCCAUUCCGUCCGAUUCCAAUGUCCACAUCAUCCACAUCUUCCCUCUUCUCGUCAGCUCAUGCGAAGCCGAGCCUGGAGAAGAAAGAGAAUGGUGUGAGCAGCGCUGGGCGCUACUUACUGAGCGGAUCUGGAUUGGAAACAUCGAUCGAGCUUUGGAGGUGGUGAAGGAGGUAUGGAGACGGAAAGACGAGCACACGCGGAAAGUGAGAAGAGACAUGGAUGAUUCAACGUUUGCCAAACAGAUGAAUCUUGAUCUGGCUUCCAAUGCACAAUCACAUGGCAUGAACAAUGAUGGCAUCGACGACCAGAACGGUAUAGGCAGCAGAUUGCACUGGAGUUCAGUGAUGAGAGAAUGGGGCUGGGAGGUGUUGCUUGCCUAG